AGUCAGUUCUCCCUAUAUAUAUGUCUCUCUCUAUGCUAGUAGAAGUUCCUCAUAAUUUUCCUGCUUUUUAAUCCAUAUCACUCCCAGCUCUUAACCUAAGAAUAACACAAUCCUCUAGAGGCAGGUUUUCGUUACAAGAUGGGCACAAUGUCUGAAAGAGUGGGAGCGAUGGGUGGUAACAUGGGCAGCCCAUUUGACGAUGGUGUUUUCGAUGGCGUGAGAAGAAUAAUUGUCGGAAGAGACUGGGACUGUGUUUCUUAUAUCAAGAUUGAGUACGAAAAUAAUGAUGGAAAUUUUGAAACCCGUGAACAUGGAACGAAUCGCGGGGGACUUCAAGAGUUCACAGUGGAUUAUCCGACUGAAUAUAUCACAUCCGUGGGUGGAAGCUUCUCACAUGUUUUUAGAUAUGGAACAGCGCUUAUCCAGUCGUUAAUCUUCAGAACCUCCCGUGGAAGGACCUCUCCGAUACUCGGUCAUUCGUUUUUGGGGUUUCAACUUGGGACAAGAUUCACGCUCGAGGGUAAAAAUGGUGGGAAGCUUCUAGGUUUUCACGGACGUUCUGGUCAAGCUCUUGAUGCCAUCGGACCUUACUUCUUCGCUGCGAAUCCUCCUCUUAGGCACUUUAACCCUCAAGGUGGGAACGGAGGGAGCGCUUGGGACGAUGGCGCUUUCGACGGUGUAAGAAGAAUACUCGUUGGACGAGGUGGUAGAUUUGUAAGUUUUCUCAGGUUUGAGUAUGCGAGAGACCAAAGAACGGUGCCACAUGAUCAUGGGAGGAGGCAAGAGGUUCCACAGGAGUUUGUGGUGGAUCAUCCUAAUGAACAUAUUACAGUAGUGGAGGGAACCAUCGAUGGCUUCCUUACAUCGCUUAGGUUUCAAACAUCAAUAGGAAGAACCUCCCCUGCUUUUGGCAAUGUGGUUGGCAGGAGAUUUGUGUUCGAGGAAAAUAAUUUCAAGCUUGUCGGGUUUUCUGGUCGGUCUGGUGAUGUCAUUGAUGCUCUUGGUGCAAACUUUGGCCCUCUUCCAGCUCCAACUCCGGUUCCAGCUCCAGUUCCAGCUCCGGCUCCACGUCCAUCUCCGGCUCCGGCUCCGGCUCCACGUCCAUCUCCGGCUCCAGGUUCAGCUGGACGCUGGCCUCCCGCUCCGGCUCCUGCUCCAGCUCCGGGUCCAGCUCCAGCUCCAGCUCCAGUUCCAGCUCCAGCUCCUGCUCAUGCUCCUGGUCCAGCUCCGGGUCAGGGUCCAGCUCCCGGUCGGGCUCCAGAUCGGGCUCCGGAUCGGGCUCCCGGUCCGGCUCCCGGACCGGCUCCAGGUCCGGCUGGACGAUGAGGUCAACGUCCAGCUCUAGCUCCAACUCCAGCUCCGCCUCAUGCUACAAACUUCAUCGUGGGAGGGAUCUGGUGUGUGACUUGUCAGACUUAAGUGUUAAGAAUUAGGUGUUGCUUGUGUGUUCUACAAAAUGUCUACAUUUUCCAUGUGUUUCAAGUAUAUUAGUGGUGUGCCCGCGCGUAGCGCGGGAUGUUGUUUAAGUAGCUUUGUAUAAUACAAUUGUGUGCUGUGAA